AUGCAGCCAACUUUCCGCAGAAUGGCGGGCCACAACCACGGCAUGAUCCACGCGGAUCCCGCCAUUAUCAAAUGGGCCAACAUGACCACCAACCGCCACAAGUACUUCCGCUGGACGAAGCGAACAGCUUGGCUCUCGUUCGCCUACGUUAUGCUGGUGCCGGCUAUGCUGGGUACGGCUGGAUACAUGACCGAGGGCAAGUGGGAGAUGCGCGGCAAGCGGAGGGGCGACCUCAUCUCCGAGUUCUAG